GUUGGCUCAGGUACGCACGUGCGCUGCCGGGCCGCCCCACGGCCGAGCUCUUGCGAGCCAUGUCGGAGUUCACCGUCCGGACGCGCAAGUUCAAGCAGAACCCGCUGCUGGGCCGAAAGCAGUUCGUCGGAUAUCAUUCACCCGAGCAUGGCCAACGUCUCCAAGGCGGAUCUGGGCAAGAAGCUGGCGCAAAUGUACAAGGUGCAUGAUCACAACUGCAUCCAGCUGUUCGGAUUCAAGACGGCCUUCGGCGGCGGCCGCAGCUCGGGGUUCGGCCUCAUCUACGACAACAUCGACAAGGCGAAGAAGUUCGAGCCGAAGUACCGCCUGAAGCGCGCGGGCAUCGGGAAGGAGAAGAGCGGCCCGGGCAGGCGUGCCGCGAAGGACACCAAGAACAGGCGCAAGAAGGUGCGCGGCAAGGAGAAGUCGAAGGCCGGCGGCAAGAAGUGA